CGCGUUCGCAAGUGUGUGGCAAUAAUAAAUAACAACAACAGCAGCAGCAGCAGCUGAAGCAGAGAAUUAUUAAAAGCUUCAAGCCAAGCGACAAGUUGUAGUUUUAAACGGGUUAACACAUACAGCAAAACAGCUGCUUGUUAUUUUUAUAUAUAUUUUAUACAUCGUUAUUAUUAUUAUUUCGUUACGCGCGCGAGUGCAACUCACACACACACACACACAUAGUUAUAUUUCUUGCAUGCAAAAGAAGUGCGCAGCGCAAAAAAACAUAAAUAAAAGUGCAAGCGUUUAGUAUAUUAAAAUUCAUUAAGGCAAUCUUGCAAACAAGUUCGUUGCCUAAGUCUUUCGUACGCCGGCGCCUUUUCAACUACCAAAAAAACAACAAAAUAUAUACUACGCGUAAUUCAUUGCUAAUAUAUGCAAUCGAUAUUAUAAGCCGCACGUCAACAAGAAGUCAAAAAAAAGCAAGUGUUUGUUUUGAAAAUGAAGCUAAGGCGCAGAUUUUGUUUGCUGGGCGUGCUGCUGCUGAUGCUGGUGAGUGUUAGUGGCAAGGAUGAGGACUAUGGCGGUGGCAGCAGCGCGGAUGUGGAGCAGGGCAGCAGCAGCAGCAAUGAUGAGAUCUAUGAGCCAACACAGCUGGAGAGCGUAGUGGAAACGGAGCAUGAGCGGAAUAGUUUGGAGGGUGAGCAGAGCGCGCUGCCAACGCAAACGGACAAUGCGCUGAGCAUGGAGCAGGAGCUGACUACGACAAUGAGGCCAGCUAAUGCUAGUGAAGCACCCACAGUGGCAGUGGUUACCGAAAGAGAUGAAAAUACUGCAGCUGAGGUAAUGGAGGAGCAGCAUGAGGCCAAGCAAAUGCCAGCGAAAUCAUCGCAGGAGUAUUACUAUGAUGAAAUGCAGGAGGAGGAGCAUAAGCAACAGCCACAGUUGACCACCAGCACUACCAGCAUACCCGAGUAUGUGCGUCAGCCCAAAGCGGAGCGUUUGCCUGCCGACUAUAAUGAGGAUGGCAUUUUAAUUGAGCAGCAAACGCAGUCCAAGCCUCAAGAGCUGGAGCUGCAUUAUCAGGAUGAGCCAACGCCACCGCAAGCGCACAAGCAGCAGCUGCCACAUGCGCAGCAGGCGCGUCCUUUCAAACAAAACUCCGAGGAGUAUUACUAUGAUGAGCAGAGCGAUAGUCUGGAGCAGCAUGUGACCAGCACCAGCACCGAAGCUUAUCCAGUGCUGCAGGCACGUUUCGGUGGCUUCAUAGGCAACUGGCCUACGCUUACGCCCAAUACGCUGGCGACUAAUGCACCACCCACCACCACCAGCAGCACAACAACAAGCACCACCACCACCCCCACACCCACAACAACAACAACAGCUAGCAGCACAACAGCGCCACGCAAGCAAUCCAAGCACAUACAUCUAGCCAAGCCGGAGCUGCUGCCUGCGGAUCAGCUGCGCAACUAUAUUAAGGAUGUUUACAUCCGCAUGCCGCUGGCUGUCAUAGUCGAUCCCUCUGCCGCUUCGCUGGACCAAGCCAAGCGUCUAUUCAACGAUGCUCUACAGGAUAAGAACAUUAACAUUAAAAUUGUGCUCGUCACGCUCAAUGCAUCGGGUGUGCCCUCCGCUUUCAGUUUCAACAAUACACGCGAAUUUAUUGCUGGUCUGAAUAGCACCAAGGUGCAUGAAGGCGGCGACGCCUUUGUGGGCGUGUUGCAAGCCGCCGAACUGGUGCCCUACGAUAGCGCCAUAUUCAUUUCGACUGCUGCAGUGCCGCCACAUACGGAAAUGGUGCAGGAUGCAGCCAUAACGCUGCUCAAGAAGCGCAUACGACUCUUUAUGUUAUGGUAUGGCGAACGCUCGGCCAGCGAGAACGAAACGGAGGAGGCGGUGGGCGGCAUAUUGGGCGAGGUGGCCAUACGCUCCGGAGGCGAGAUCAUACACAUUGUGAGCACCGAGCAUGGACAGCACAUAGCGGGCAAUACGCUCACACUAGUGUCGGAUGUCUAUCAGGGCAGUCAGGAGUUGGAGCUGCCUGUGGAUACAACGCUCUCGAGUUUACAUGUGCGCAUUGAUGCAAAUAUGCGACGUGCCACAUUGGCCACGCCCACUGGUGAUAUCAAUUUGAAAAAGUUGGUCAAAUUUAAAGCAACAAACGAUACGCGCACUAAUAAUAAGGAUGAACUGGACGCCUACGUACCGUUAUAUAAGCUACGCAAGUCAACGAUUUAUAAACUGCAGCUGACGCCAGCAGAGAACAAUAACGAAUACAAUGUAUUUGUGCGCGCAGAGCGGAAGGCUGAUGUUCUACUUGGCGAUAUUAUAAAGCGCAUUGAUAGCUACUACAGGCAGCAGCAGCCACAGCUGCCGCACUUGGCCAAGCUACAGUUUCCGAACGACAAAAAGGAGCAGCUUGAAGAUGAUGUGGAUUCGCCCAAGACGCAGGUGGAAACGCUGUCAGAGCAGGAACUGCAGCAACCGGUGACCAGCUUAAACCAAACGCAGGUGGCAGCUGCCACAGGAGUGGGACAACGCGCCAGCUUGCAACAUAUGCUGCUGCAACGUUGUGGCACCAAAGUAGAGCUCAGCACGCAAUCGCAGCUGCGGGUAACGCCUGGACAGCUAUCCACGCUGCUCUUUGAGGUAACCAACAUGCGCAAUGAGCGAGAAUAUCAAACGGUGCAGGUAACCGAUGAACGACGCUAUCUGGUGACGCUGACUCCCAACAGCUUUUAUCUGCGUCCCAAGGAAACUCUUCUGGUGCGUCUAACUGUGCUCGUGCCUCAGGGCACAGCUGCUGGCACUACUGAUCGCAUUAGCUUCACUAGCUAUGGACGCGAGACAGCUACGCUCUCAGUCAAUCUUAAGGUCAUCUCCAGCAUUGAAGCGCAGGAUACCACAGGACCUAAUCUCUCUUGGGAGUUUGGCAAUCGCUGCGACUAUUUGCCUGACAAUGAACUCAGCUGUGGUGAACGUUUCUGGACACUGGACAUAACCGCACAGGAUUGGCAAUCGGGCAUGCUGCGUCUGCAGUCGACGCCGCCUGAAGGACUCUUCUAUCGCAACUAUUAUACAGCAGGCACCUCGGAGCCACUGAAGGCCACCUACAUGGCCAGCUGCUGUGAGCCAAAGCUUACAUUGACAGCCUUUGAUGCGGCAGGCAAUCAGCGCAGCGUUAAUAUAGAUGUUAGGGAUAUAGUUCUAACCGAAGCUGCCAUAGCUGCCAUUUGUCUGGGCGUCAUACUCCUUCUGCUGCUCAUAGUCAUAAUCAUCUGGAGCAUUGUCUGGUGUUGUCGACGUCGCAAGGUGUCGCUAGAGCUGCCCACCUAUCGUUCACACUCCACGCGCAGCAUGGAAUAGCUUAAGUUUAUUUAACGAACCAAAACACAAUUGUGCCAAAAACAAAAUAAUAAUAAAAGCUAAAU